GUCCCGUGGAGCCCACCUGUCAGAGUAGCCGGCCGCGGCUCCGGGGGUCUCGGUGGGACGGAGAACCUGCGCGCUGCGCUGGGAGCCGGGGGGAGCCCCUCCGGGCCUCCUGCCCAGGUGGGGCCUCCUGCCCAGAAGAGUCAGUUUUCUCCUGUGGAGGUGCACAGCUUUAGCCUCGAUUUCCUGGAUCUGGUAACAUGGCAAAAGAUGCCGGUCUGAUUGAAGCCAACGGAGAACUGAAGGUCUUCAUAGACCAGAGCCUGAGUCCCGGGAAAGGCGUGGUGUCCCUGGUGGCCGUGCACCCGUCCACAGUGAGCACACUCGGGAAGCAGCUCCUGCCGAAAACUUUUGGACAGUCCAACGUCAACAUCGCCCAGCAAGUGGUGAUUGGCACACCUCAGAGACCCGCGGCCUCCAGCGCCAUCGUGGUGGGAAGCCCACACACGCCCAGCACCCACUUCGUGUCUCAGAACCAGCCCUCCGAGUCCUCGCCCUGGUCUGCCGGGAAACGCAACAGGAAAGGGGAGAAGCAUGGGAAGGGUCUGCGGCACUUCUCCAUGAAGGUGUGCGAGAAGGUGCAGCGCAAGGGCACCACCUCCUACAACGAGGUGGCCGACGAGCUGGUGGCCGAGUUCAGCGCCGCCGACAACCACAUCCUGCCCAACGAGUCGGCCUACGACCAGAAGAACAUACGGCGGCGCGUCUACGAUGCCUUGAACGUGCUCAUGGCCAUGAACAUCAUCUCCAAGGAGAAGAAGGAGAUCAAGUGGAUCGGACUGCCCACCAAUUCUGCCCAGGAGUGCCAGAAUCUGGAGGUGGAGAGGCAGCGGCGGCUGGAGAGGAUCAAGCAGAAGCAGUCACAGCUUCAGGAACUCAUCCUGCAGCAAAUUGCCUUCAAGAACUUGGUGCAGAGAAACCGCCAGGCGGAGCAGCAGGCCCGACGGCCGCCCCCGCCCAACUCGGUCAUCCACCUGCCCUUCAUCAUCGUCAACACCAGUAGGAAGACGGUCAUCGACUGCAGCAUCUCCAAUGACAAGUUCGAGUAUCUGUUCAACUUCGACAACACGUUCGAGAUCCAUGACGACAUAGAAGUGCUCAAGCGCAUGGGCCUGGCCUGUGGGCUGGAGUCUGGAAGGUGCUCCGCCGAGGACCUCGAGGUGGCCAGAAGUCUGGUACCAAAGGCUCUGGAACCGUACGUGACAGAAAUGGCUCAGGGAUCCAUCGGAGGUGUGUUCCUCACCACAGCAGGCUCCACCUCCAACGGCACAAGGCUUUCUGCCAGUGACCUGAGCAAUGGUGCGGACGGGAUGCUGGCCACAAGCUCCAACGGGUCUCAGUACAGCGGCUCCCGGGUAGAGACCCCUGUGUCCUACGUCGGGGAGGACGAGGACGAGGAGGACGAAUUCAAUGAGAACGAGGAGGAGGACUGACCCUGCAGGUCCCCACCAGCUUCACGGGACGCUGCGCAGAGGAGAGAAGCUGCUUUAGUGUGGGGUUGUGUUUCUUUUUGGCUACUCCCAAGAAGAUGAUGCUGGCCAACCACGGAAUCGAAGAGCAAGGACUGCCCAGGUCCCCACCCUGCCGCGGACGCCACCACCCCUGCUGACGCGGCGCCUGCACUUACGUCCACGGAGUGUUUUCUUCUCAGCCCAGAGUCCAGUCCUGCCCGACAGUGCUCGCUGGGCCCGCUGAGCCGUGCUGUGCCCGCCCAGCAGUGCUCACUGGCUGUCCCCGUGGACGUGCCCAGCAGCUUGUUUGCAGUGUCAAGGGCGCCAUCAGGAGACCCAGAAAGUCUCCCUUCUCAGACACGCAGCGCGCACAGGACAGGCCUGAGGGCGGAGACCUUGCGACUCGCUUCUCCGUGAGCUCCGCCGGCCCCGCGGCCUGCGGCGCACACUUCCUCUCUACUGCAGCCACAGAUCCGAAGUCCUUCCUUCUCUGUGUGUUCUUGGGUAAGUUCACAGCUACGCUGGUGCAGCUCGGAAACUGUCUGGAAGGUUCAUUGCUUAUGGUAAAAUUUGCCUGAUUUCUUACAGGCAGCGUUUGGAAACUUUUUAUUCUAUAGUUGUUUACAUACUUAUAAGUCUAUCAUUUAAAGACAUGUACUGAAACAAAUGUGGUAUUUGUUUCUGAGCAUCUUCCUGUAAUCUAUUAUAAAGUUGAAAUUAAACAUAGAGAAUGUUUUAACAGUUUUUUAACUCAAAAUUUGUCAAUCAUUUUUAAUAGUUCUUUUUUUAUAAAAAGAAAAAGGAAUUUAAGGACAGGCAGUAGUCUCUUUUAAAAUUUAUUCACAGAGAACCGUUAACUGCACAGUUGCUGUUAGCUGCCUGUUCUGAAACAAUAGUCUUUUUAUUGAAACACAAAUAAAAUUUUCUGUAAUAUUUUAUGGAAUAUGGAGAGACUUUAAUUGUUUGACCUGUUUAACUUGGCACUGUUAGUUUUUAUUAAUAAAACGCGCAUGGGCAUUUUAAACAG